AUGCCGGCGUGCUGUGGAUGGAAGCUGCCAGCUGUACUCAUAGCCUUUGCGUGUGUUGCUGUUGAUGCCGAAGGAAGCGGUUGCGAAGUUGGAGAUGACGGUCUGGAGGAAAGCGAGCUUGGAGACGUGCGGCUACUUCAGGUGAGCAUUCAGCUCAACUUGACGCGGAGCAACACCUCUCACGAAAAGCAGGCACUCGCGCACAGCAAACCGGAUCUGGCGCAGAGGCAGUUGCCCGCGUCUUCCGAGCGGCAAACACCCUUGCCCCGGCUUGGUGGAAUUGCACUCGUUGAAGAGCUGGCGCACGAUCAUCAGUCGGCUCACAUUGACGUUGGCCUCGUCUACGUAGUGCUUGUGAUGGCAUUUGGAUUGACGAUGUGGUUUCUGCGAAGCAGCGCCGAUUCAGCUGGCCAAGGACCGUCAGCGACGGAUGAGGCUUCAUUCUUUACCCUGUACUUCAUCGUCUUCAUGGAUGCCUUUGGCUUUGGAAUCUUCGCUCCCUAUGUUCCGGUACUGUCGAAGACUUUCAACAUGAGCGCACGAAAUAUCGCAGGCCUGCUGACUGCCUUCUCCUUCGCACAGGCUUUUCUCACCCCGCUGUUCGGCUACCUUUCCGAUCGAAUUGGACGGCGCAAGGUGCUGCUGCUUGCCGUGGCCGGUGAAGUUUCUGCCUUUGCAGCACUGAGUUGUGCAAGGAGCUUCCACGGGCUGCUGGUGGGUUACACCUUGGCUGGCGCAUUCUCUGCUACGAUCGGCGUUUGCAAUGCAUACAUUGCAGACAUCACUGACGAGACAGAGCGACCCGUUCGAGUCGCCCAUGUCAACGGCAGCAUCGCCUUGGGCAUCCUUGUUGGACCAGUCGUCGGAGCUGUGAUCAGCAACCAGGGAUUUGUGGCAGCAUGCCGUGUUUGCGCAUUGCUGUCUGCAACGAACUGGGCCUUCGCAUGUUUCUGCCUCGGCGUGCCCAACAAGACGAACGCUGCGGAUGAGGCCAGUGCACCAGAGAGCGGCGAACCACAGAUCCCUGGCUUGGCCUGGCUCUUGUGUUUGGGCGCCUUUCUCGGAGAGGCUGGUCUGGCAGCAUGGGAGAGUUGUGCUGCCCUGUACAUCAUGGACAGCUAUUUUUGGUCUUAUCCUUCGCCUGCAACCUCGAGCUCUCAGUUCUAUGCCGGUAGCAUGGCGUUUUGUGGUGUCACUGUGAUAUUUGUCACAGUCUUCCUCUUCCCUUUCAUGAUGCGCGUUUUCGAGCAGUGGUAUACUGUUGUCAUUGGUACCGCCUUUCGUCUAUCUGGCCUUGUCGGGACAGCUUUCGCGCCGACCAAGUGGUUCUUCCUUGCAGCACAAGGUCUACAGAACAUUGGAGACAACCUUGGAUCUCCUAACCAGACCUCACUACUGACGGAAGUGGCUGGUCCAUCUGCAUAUGGGACAUGCCUAGGUGCUAUGUCGGCUUUUCAAGCUAUGGCACGCGUCCUGGGUCCAGUGGUGUUUGCCUCGCUCUACGAGGAUGUGCAUCAUUCAGCCCCCUGGCUCGCUGUGGCUGCCCUCGGAACGAUGUCUUGCUCGAUAUGGUUUUAUGUCUACGCCAACAGCCGCGAACUUGUGGCAAAGCGGGCAGCCUCGUCUCCAAAGAGCGUGAAGAACCAAGGGAAGAACCUGACAGAUGGAGAGCACAAAGUUGACAAGAUGUCUGCAGAUUAG